GAUCUGAUCGAGGCACUGCGGCAAGUGGACUGGUCAUCGCCGCCCCGGCCUCUCUCUGAAUUCUUCUCCCGAUUCACCGUCCCCCGUACCGUCUCUAAAUGGGACAGUCGACUCAAAUGCAAUCUCUACUAGGGUGGGAUUUCUUAGGAGACCGCUUGCUAUUGUUGCAGCAUUGAUGACUGCUUUAAGCAUUGCUUUUCUGAAUGAUAGUUGGAUGAAUUUUGUUAAUUGGAUGUUUCAUGCUAUGUUACUUGCUCUGGAAUGCCAGUCUCCAUCUUGCAUAUUGGGAUUUUUAUACUAGAGAUAAUCAAAGAAGGAAGCAAUAUGUUGGUUUAUAUGGAUUAUUAUGUUCCAACCUUUACAUUUUAAUUUGUGUAGUUUUAAUUUUUUGGUACUUCAAAUUUAAUUAAAAGGCACCAAAAGUGGGUUCUUCUCCCAUGGGUAUUGUUCCCUUUAUCCUUCUUUCUGAUUCGUUGACCAAAAUUUCCAAAUUUACAUGCUUGCUUUAGUCUCCUUCUCUUAUCCAUGUUCUCCUUAUCACUUAUUUUAUCCCCUCAUUUGAUACCCACAAUCAAUGCCUUAACAGCAUCCUGCUCUUAGUCUAAAGACAACCAAUGUACUCAACACAUGGAAUCUUUUCUUUUUAAUUUAAAUCAUGGUUGCUAUUCUCCCUUUUUUGCUGACUCUAUUCUGUUUCAGUCAAUAUUACUCAUAGUCCCAUAGCUUGGGUUCACAACAGCGACAAGCAGUGGUUUAUAACCUUACCAUGCACAAUUUCUCUUGGCUCUCUUUCAGUCAAUAUUACUCAAUGUUCUGUAGCUUGGGUUCACCACAGCAACAAGCAGUGGUUUGUAGCCUUACCAUGUAUGAUUUCUCUUGGCUUUCUCUUUCAGUCAAUAUUACUCAAUGUUCUGUAGCUUGGGUUCACCACAGCAACAAGCAGAGCUUUGCAGGUAUUUUCAGUGAAAAGGUGACAAGAACUGUCAGACAGUUUUCUCCACAUUUAGCUGCCAAAAUGAGGCCUCCUCUUAGGCCUGUAAUUCGUGGGCGCCCAUCUUCCAAAAGAGCAAUCUAUAUAUGUGGACAGCCUCGUUGGGUAUUUGUUUUGGUAUUCUCUACAGUGAGUUUCAUCCUGUGGUUUGUUUCUUGUGCCCUUCUCACUGUCUUGUUGGCAUUGGCUAUCGGCCUUCUAGCCACCAUUGCACACGCAAGCUUUAGGGUGCCCAACUUGAAAGCUCGUCUGAACACAUUCCGAGAGGAAUUUCGUACAGUUUGGCGAAAUUACAGUGAGCUGUAGCUUAUGGGAAGCAGCACGCAUUGGGCCUUGUUUCGACUGUGGAAAUAAUAAUACAUCAUGUUCGUCUUCAAUUUUUCUAUGCCAAUGGGGCUAAACGUGAAGUUUCAUCGACCCAGCCGCUAAUACAUUAUGGGAUGCUAAUUAUGUUCACAGAUGAGUAGGUUUCUUUGAUUUUGUUUUCGAUAAAUGGAGUGAUGUAAUUUAUAGUUGACUCUGGGAAAUAUUUUACGAUUUAUAUAUGCAGACGGUAAAAAAUUUCUUAUAUUGAAAUGUACUGGAGUCCAUCCUUACUGUUGUAAAGAAUACGAUGUUCCACUCGUUCGCAUGACUAUA